CGUAGCCAAGACUUUCUUUGAAAUCGUCGAUAUACUACUACUUUCCGACCAAUUGCACUUAAUAAAUCAAUUUUCUUUUAUUAUUAAUUAGAAGAUCUGUUGCUUACAAACAUCCAAUCUAAUACUAAUAAACCAAUCUGUCCCAAAAUAAUAAUAAUAAUAAUAAUAAUUUAUAAUACUAUUGUUUUGAUUUGAAAUUGAAUUCAAUUGAAUGGAAACGAUCAGAAAACAGGCCACCAAACUCCGUGAACAAGUUGCCAGACAACAGCAGGCGGUUUUCAAGCAGUUUGGAGGUGGUGGUUAUGGAGGUUCGGAUAACGUUGUUACGGAUGAGGCAGAACUCAAGCUUUAUCAGAAACUUGAAAAAUUAUACAUAUCUACACGUGCUGCCAAGCAUUUCCAAAGGGAUAUUGUUCGUGGUGUUGAAGGAUAUAUAGUUACUGGCUCCAAACAAGUUGAAGUAGGAACUAAAUUGUCUGAAGAUAGUAGAAAAUAUGGUGUUGAGAAUACAUGCACUAGUGGUACUACACUAUCUAGAGCUGCAACAAAUUUCUCACGAGCUCGUGCCCAAAUGGAGAAGGAACGAGGAAACCUACUUAAAUCGUUUGGAACACAGGUUGCAGAGCCGUUAAGAGCGAUGGUAAUGGGAGCUCCACUUGAAGAUGCUCGACAUCUUGCUCAACGUUAUGAUAGAAUGCGGCAGGAGGCUGAAGCACAGGCCGUUGAAGUUUCUAAAAGACAGGCAAGAGUUAGAGAAGGAGCAGGGAAUCCUGACAUGAUUAUGAAACUUGAAGCAGCAGAAUCAAAAUUGCAAGAUUUGAAGUCCAACAUGGCAAUAUUGGGAAGGGAAGCUGCAGCAGCAAUGGCUGCUGUUGAAGCUCAACAGCAAAAAAUGACACUGCAGAGGUUAAUUUCCAUGAUUGAAUCAGAACGUAGUUAUCAUCAAAAGGUUCUUCAGAUUCUGGACCAGGUUGAAGGCGAGAUGCUUUCCGAGAGACAACGAAUCGAGGCUGCUCCUACUGCACCCGAAAUGCCUCCACCUCCAUCAUACGAAGAAGUAAAUAAUGUGUUUACUUCUCCAAUGCAAAAUGGUUCAAAUGAUGAAGUGGACUACUUUUUAGGAGAGGCAAUGUACACAUAUCAAGCGGAGUCUGACGUCGAACUCACUUUAUCGAUUGGCGACUAUGUUGUUAUCAGAAAGGUUUCAAAUAAUGGGUGGGCAGAAGGUGAAUGUAAAGGAAAAGCAGGUUGGUUUCCUCUUGGGUACAUUGAAAGACGGGAGCGGGUACUUGCCAGCAAGGUAACAGACAUCUUUUAGAGUACACCUUUUGCCCAUGGAAUCUUUAGUUAAAUUAGAACAUGAUACUUGUAAGCAUUUUCGGUCUUUGGACACAAAUCACACAAUACAUAGACUUGUCUGCUUGUUCUAACAAAAGAAAACAAAUACACCCGGGUAUGGUUGACUAAUGAACUUUGACUCUUAAAUAUACCUUCCAUUUACGUUGUCUCAUGUUCCAGUUUUUUUUUCCAAUUUUGUAAUGGAUCCUUAAUUGGGUUUUCAUGGCCUGCUUAAAUUCAACUUGUGAUUCA